GCUGCGGGUAGCACCGUAGGCCCACGUUUGGACUCGCCGACUCGGAGGGGACGAGUUGCGAGUCAAACCCGGAACGUAACUCGCCGUUGCUUUUUUCCUUAGUUUUUUAAAAAGUAGCGACUAGAGAGAGAUGGCGUUGUUCUAUUUUUCCCCCUUUUCUAUUUUCUCUCUCUCCCUAUUAGGGCUCCACUUUUCUGCUUGCAUCCUUCUGCCCGUCAAUCUGCACACUCUCAGACCAGUGAAACCUCCAAUCCUGGUCUUCGAUGGUGGUCGCGUCACCUUGAGCAGGUAUUUUUUUGCUUUGUCUGCACAAAGGAUAGGGCUACGCAUCCAAUCCGUGCGUGUCUCCGCAAUUGGGUGGGGUUUGUUCAUCCAGAAUUUUUAGAAUCUAGGGAUGCGCGAUUUCGUUGUACAGAACCAGCAACUUACCUUCGAUUCUGUUUAUCUCGCUCCUCCUCGAUCGGAUUAGACUAUUCGAGAUAUUUUCUGGUGUUCGCUCGUAUUCAUUGGGUUCUUAGGGAUCCGCAUGAGGGUCAGAUCUUUUGUACCGAUGCCAUCGUUUGCUGGAACUAGAAAUUUCUGGCUCUCAUCUGUCUAGGCUUAGUUCACUUCAUUGUGGUUCAGUUUUGUCCAAUGGAGUCCACUGAGGUCAAAAAGAGGAGUCGAGGAAGACCGAGGAAACGAAGGCGCGAGGAAGAAAGUGAGAAGAAUGAUAAGAAAACUGGUGGUGCGUUGAAGAAGCGGGCUUCUGACAUAUGGUGUAAGCCACUGCUGGGUAGGUUUGUGCUGAAAGAGUUUGAGGGCAAUGGGCUUUUCUUGGGGAAGAUUGUGCAUUAUGAUACGGGAUUGUAUAGAGUUGAGUACGAGGAUGGGGAUUGCGAAGACCUGGACAGUAGUGAACUUCGUAGCAUCAUUUUAGGCGACAAUGACUUUGAUGAUGCACUAGUUGCGAGGAGAGAGAGACUAGAUGAAAUUCUGAUCAAGAAGCAUGAGGCUCGGAAGGAGUUGGAGAAGCAAAUUGCAGAUUCCAAGGAUGAAGUGGCCGUGAUUGAAGCAACUCCAUUGUGCGAGAUGAAUGGUAAGUUGGAAGCUGGGAAUGAUGUUGAACUGGAAAACGAUGCAGAUUCCUCUAGUGACUCAUGUGACUAUGCACAGGAAGGGGAUCUGGGUCUCGAGGAAGAGGUCCCUGUUCUUCCCCCUCCGGAACUGCCACCUUCUUCAGGAAAUCUAGGUGUGCCAGAGGAGUAUGUUUCACAUCUGUUUUCAGUCUAUGCAUUCUUGAGAUCAUUCAAUAUUCAGCUUUUCUUGAGCCCAUUUUCGCUGGACGAUCUGGUGGGGGCAAUUAACUGCCUUGUGCAGAACACAUUGUUGGAUUCCAUUCAUGUUGCUCUGAUGCGUGUGAUAAGACGCCGUAUGGAGACGCUUGCUACUGAGGGUUUGGAGCUUGCUUCAAAAUGCUUGAUGAGUAUAGACUGGAACUUGCUUGAUUUAUUCACAUGGCCUGUUUUUCUAGUCAAUUACUUAACAGUAAUGGGAUAUGCAAAGGGCUCUGAAUGGCAAGGAUUUCAUGACGAUCUUUUGAAAAAGGAGUAUUAUUUAUUAACUGCUGGUAAGAAAUUGAUGAUCUUACAAGUCCUGUGUGAUGAUGUAUUGGACUCUGUGGAGGUAAGAGCAGAAAUUGAUAGUCGUGAAGAAGCAGAAUUUGGAAUAGAUCCCGAUUCGGUUGCAAAUGGUUUCCUGGAAAGUGGACCGAGAAGAGUGCACCCUAGAUUUUCAAAGACUUCAGCUUGCAAGGACACAGGGGUCACAGGAAGCAUCUCAGAAAGCCAUGGAAUUAAGUCCUCCCAGGGUUCAACAUGUGUGGGUUUGCGCUCUAAUGAAAAUAAUUCAAAUGCUCCGAUUUCUAACUCAGAUUGGAAUAGCGACGACUGCAGAUUGUGUGGCAUGGAUGGAACCUUGCUGUGCUGUGAUGGUUGCCCAGCAGCAUACCAUUCAAGAUGUAUAGGUGUUGGUAAAAUGUAUAUACCAGAUGGGCCAUGGUACUGUCCAGAGUGUAUCAUUAAUCGAAUGAGCCCUUCAGUAACCGUGGGAACGUCGCUAAAAGGAGCAGAAUUUUUUGGCAUUGACUUAUACCAGCAGGUCUUUGUGGCCACUUGCGAUCAUUUGUUGGUGCUCAGAGCUUUGGCCGACAGAGAACAUUGUUUUAGAUAUUAUGGUCAGAAAGACAUCCCAAACGUCCUGCGAGCUCUUUCUGCAUCUGAGAAACAUAGAUUGAUGUACUCGGAGAUAUCCAAGUUGAUUGCAAAAUACUGGAAUAUUCCUCAAAUUGCUUUCUUCCCUGCUCAGGUGGUAGAGAAGGAUUUAGAGCCUGCUUUGGUGAAGGAAGAGUUGAAUAUUCCAAGUGCGUCGGCUCCUGCAUGGGAGAUUAGUCAGAGAGUUCCUGAUGUUAUUAAGGCUGAAAAUCAAACUAGUUCAAAUGGGAAGAUUUCGGUCUCAUGUGUUGACACCUUGGGAGAGGUAACCACUCCGGCUGAAAUGCAUUGCAGUUUGAGCAGUAUUAACACCACAAGAACUUCAGACUUGGAUUGGGCAAGCACUAAGCUUCCUGGUCAGUUUAAAGUGGAUGGUACCAUGUCAAGUACGCAAGCUGAUCCCUCAGGUGUGACACACACUACAUGUAACUCGGCAAAUAGUGACAGUAGCCAUGUUGGGCGAGCGAGCGGUACUUCUUUACCUACAAUUAUAUCUUUCGGAGGAAAGGAUGCCAAUCUUAUUAACUCUGGAACGGUGGGCAGAUAUGUGGGUGAAAAUGUUCAAUAUGUGGGGGCUUCUUUUAAACCUAAAGCCUACAUAAAUCAUUACGCUCAUGGUGAUUUUGCGGCUUUGGCAGCUGCUACUCUGGCUGCCCUUUCCCCUGAGGAAACACGGGCUUCAGAUGUACAUAAGUCAAGUGGCACCAAGAAAGCAAGUGCUGAUAUUCUAUUGCAGGCGAGGGCGUUUUCCAAAGUAGCCUCACGCUUCUUCUGGCCAUCUUCUGAAAAGAAGCUUAUGGAGGUUCCAAGGGAGAGAUGUGGUUGGUGUCAUUCCUGUAAGCUUACCACUAAUAGCAAAAGAGGAUGCAUGUUAAAUUCAGCUGGCUUGAUUCUGACUAAGAGCGCCAUGAAGAUCAUUAAUAGCUUGCGUCCAACAAUUGUGGGGGACGGAAGUCUUCCUUCUAUCUCAACCUAUAUCAUGUACGUAGGGGAUGCUUUAUCCGGGCUUACAAUCGGACCUUUCCUGAGUGCAAGUUAUAAAAAGCAGUGGCUUAAGCGAGUUGAAGUUGCUUCAACGUGCAGUGCAAUAAAAGGUCCGCUGUUAGAGCUUGAGGAGAAUAUUCGUCGUAUUGCUCUGUCAGGGGACUGGGUAAAGGCUGUGGAUAAUUGGGUGGUUGGCACUUUUAUUUCUGAGAGUGCUGCAACUGAAACUCGCAGUGUCCAGAGACGUGGACCAGCGGGGAAGCGUCACAAGAAACAAUCUGCAUUGUCAGACAGGAAAGUUGACGGUUAUGACGAUAAGAGUUUUGUCUGGUGGCGAGGUGGAAAUCUCUUAAAGCAUGUGUUCCAUAAUGCAAUUUUGCCUGGGUCUAUGAUGAAAAAGGUUGCCCGUCAAGGUGGUUCAGGAAAAUUUUCGAGCAUCUGUUACACUGAUGAUUCUGAAAUCCCCAGAAGAAGCAGACAACUUGUUUGGAGAGCUGCUGUUGAGGAGUGUAAGAACUCAUCCCAAUUGGCACUUCAGGUAAGGUAUCUAGAUUUGCAUGUAAGAUGGAAUGACCUUUCCCGGCCUGAGUUGAAUCUUCAGGAUAGUAAAGGUCCAGAGACAGAAGCUUCUGUUUUCAGGAAUGCAGUUAUAUGCGAUAAGCAAGCUGAAGAAAAAAAGAUCACCUACGGAGUUGCUUUUGGGAAUCAGAAGCAUCUGCCUUCUAGGAUCAUGAAGAAUGUGAUCCGUGUAGAAAAAAAUGAAGAUGGUAAUGACAAGUACUGGUUUUCUGAAGCAAAUGUACCAUUGUAUCUGAUCAAAGAGUAUGAAGGGAAGAGACAAGAAGCUGCUUUACUGCCCGUUAAAAAGCCAAACAGUGCACUGUCUGAGUUGCAAAGACAACAACUGAAAGCUUCUCGUAGGGAUACAUUUUCAUAUCUUGUGUGUCGGAGAGAUGGCGUAGAAAAGUGUUCAUGUGCUUCGUGUCAACUCGAUGUUCCUCUAAGGGAUACAGUUAUCUGCAGUGCUUGCCACGGUUACUGUCAUAAGGACUGUACUCUGCGUUCAACAACUUGCAAAAAUAACGUGCUUGAGCUCUUGCUCACCUGCAAGCGGUGUUGUAAUGCGAGAACUCCCUACAUCCAGUUCAGCAAUAAGUCUCCAACCACUCCCCUCCCUUCCAGAGGUCCGGAAUAUAAUAACUCAUCGAUGUUCAGCCAGGUCACAAAACUCAAUAUCAAGAUGAGCCAGGUCACAAAACCCAACAUCCAAAGCCAGCACUUGGCGGCUGGUAAAACAAAGGAGAUUAUAAAUUGUCAAAUGAAUGCAGAUGCUGGAGUCAAAAUAAAGGUGCCAGAUCCAGCAGCUGUUAAAAAUGCCAAGGAUGCUGUUCCUCCCAAGACGCAACAAAAAGCUAAUUCUGCUUCAAAAGCAAGUAAAAAUUACAGUUGGGGUAUCAUAUGGAUGAAGAACGGAGAUGACACAGGUGUUGCUUUUAGGCGUAACAAAGUUCUUGUGAAGGGCCAUAGAGAUGGUAGCAGGUUGAGCCCUGAAUGCGUGUUGUGCAGAAAAAUAUAUGAUCCUAAUCUCAUGUAUAUUUCCUGUGAAACUUGCAACAGAUGGCUUCAUGCCGAUGCUGUUGAACUGGAGGAGUCAAAACUUCGUGAAGUUGUCGGUUUCAAGUGUUGUAGAUGCCGCCGGAUAAAAAAUCCACAGUGCCCUUACAAGGAUGAAGAUCCGUCCACUGUGGUUGCUCAGGUCUGCAAAAAGAAGUAUCACAAGAAACUUGCGAAACAAGUAGACCCAGCAGUGGACUCCGACACGAAUUAUUCCGCUCCUGCAACUCCAAUGUUUUUUCCUACCCAGCAGCAACUGGUGCUACCAAAUAACGAUCCUCUUCUCCCAAAUCUGUCGCAAGUGGAGCAAAUUAAUCCGGAUCAGAAGCCCGGACUUGUGGAUGGUGAAUGGAGUGCCACUCUACUGGGCCCACAAAAGCUCCAGGUGAGAAGACAAACAAAGCAGUAUCACGACGGGGAAUCUACUUCCUCUGGUACCGAUUUUCAACCAGAAACGAACGGCUUCCUCGUGCAUAAUCAUCCUACAGAGGUGUCUCUCCCUGGCAUGGACUGGGAUGAUUUGGGGGGUGGUGGCGGUGCCGGUGGUGGUGGUGGUGAAGGGGAGUUGAUAUUGAACGAUGAUGAAGGUGGUUAUAACUUCGAGGACAUGGAGUUUGAGCCCCAAACCUAUUUCUCCUUCACCGAGUUACUAGAACAGGACGAGGCUUCUGCUGCUGCUGAUGUCGAUGUAGGUCAUCAUCAGGCUGCUGCUGAGGUUGAUGUAGGUCAUCAUCAGGCUGCUGCUGCUGCUUACCCCUGGGAUGAUACAGAACCCGCAAUGGAGUAUGAAAAUCCUUGUUUUAGUACAACUAUUCCUCCAUGCCAGUUCUGUUCAUUGGCAGAGCCCGUCUCGGAUCUAUCUUGUGAGAUCUGUGGCACGACGAUGCACAGUAGUUGCGCGUUUGUGGCUGAGCUUCCGCCCGACGAAGAAGGUAAGUGGAGGUGUGGGAAUUGCCGAGAAUGGCGAUAAGGCCGCGCGGCACAGUGUUCUUACGAGGGUUUGUUUUCCUCAAUCUUAUUUUUCUCUCUCGCGGAUGGUGGGUGUAUAUAGCAGGCGGGGGGAGAUAACAGAAUCUACUACAGAUGAAAUUGGGAUCUACCUUCCAAUCGAAUUUUUUACUUUCUUUGAUAUUUUUUGGAAAGGCUGGAGGUGGAGGGUUGUCGGAGACGGGGGAAGAAUCUUUAGUGGUGGCUCUAAUGGUGGAAGGUUGCCCUUUGUUGCAGAUAAGCAGCCGUGUACUUUUUCCUUUUGGAAUUGUUGUGCUAAUCUGACUGGAGUGAUAAAAUACAUAUAUGUUAAUUUCAAGCAGCGAAAGAGGGUUAGUCUAGUACAGAUCCCAUAUCCGAUUCCACUAUUGCUGUUGUUUGUAGGAUUGUGUAAUGGUACGGAUCAAAUUUACAAGAAUCGCGGUUUAAUAGUGAGAUAUUUUGUGAUCAAGUAUUAGACCAACAUUGCAUUUGAUUAAUUCGAUAUGAUUCGAUUUAAUACGAACCAAAUCCUAAAUUCUGUCGUAGAUUGUUGCAUUCACUGUUGGCUCUUUUUGCUAUGAGCCGGGUCUCCUUUGAUAUACUCAGGUAUAUGUGCAUGUGUCAUGUGUUUGACCGUAGACGAUCGCCGCCGCACUCUACUCGUAGCAAACUGGCAAGCCAAAAGCCGCCACACUACGUGACGAGAUGAUAAACAAGCAAAUUAAAAGGGUAAAUAACAUAAAUGGACGCUAAAUUAGACUCCUUGUUCUACUAAAUCCAACAAAUUAUGUUUGUUGACCACUCUACCGCCAGUUUUCAUUAGCUAUGACACAAACCUUAUCCUUAUGCAUGACAUCUCAAUGGGAAGGUAUGGUUUGGAUGUUGGAUUUAGAGGGGUGAGAUUCGCUAUCCAUAUUCAAAUGUACGAGGGUUUUAGAGACACUACUAUAUUUUUGGAUCCCUUAAAUUUAGAAUAUUCACACCUUAAGGCAUAAUUUGACAAAUCCUUCAUUUUUUUUAAUAUGAUUUGGUCAGCGUCAUUGAAAUCCAACAAUAAAAUCUAUGACCAGAACAUGACAUCCGAACCACAUAUUUUUUACAUCCAUAAUUAACCAAAUUCAUCAUCAAUCCUUCAAUUAUCAAAUUAAGGAUUAGACGCUAUCUCUCGAUUUCUAGUCCAACAUCCAACGACCCCUUGGUGGCUAUGGUUACAAGGUUGACGAAGUCGUUGAUGUGAUGAUUUGAUUAAAUGUUUAAACAACUGAAAGUAGGAAAUGUAGAGGAAGUGAGUUAUUAUUAAUUUAGGAUGACAUUCAUAGGAAAUUUUAUUUAGGAUGACAGACAAAUAUAUAGAUGGACCAAAUGGAACUAAAACUAAAUUAAGGAACAAAAUGGAA